AUGGAUACUACAAUGGACGAGGACCGAAAAGAGUUUUCUCCGCAUAACAGAAACAACUCUCUGUCGGCAUUAGCAUCUACUUUAUCAGCAUCAUCGUCACUGUCAGGAGUCAUGUCUAAACAGUGGAUACCCGAAGAGUCAUAUAAUGAAAUGGACGAGCCUAUUAACUCGCAAGAACCAAACUCGCACAAUUCAUCAUCUACAGCUACACCACAUCAUUCCACAAGCCGGUUCAAGCAUUAUUAUAAACCCACCAUCUCAGAAUCACCAACCCUCGUGUCAUUAUGUCAAAAGUAUAUUGACGAAGGAAAUAUCGACGGGUUGGCUCGCAUUGCUCGUAAUAGAGGUCUGCCACCUGCUUUACGACAAUAUGCCUGGCCAUUACUGCUGAGUUCACAUCCAUAUGCCAUUUCCCCAUCCAUUGUAGCUGAAUACCCAGGCUCUUAUUCCGGAACUGGUCAGAAUCUUGCAUCGACCGACGAUGAUAUCGUCCCCAUUAAGCGGAUACGCGGAGAUAUAUCAAGGUAUCGCAAACGACUAAAACAACAACAAGAAGCAGCAUCAAGACAAAAGUCGGCUUCUACAAGCAGGAAUCUUUCACGAACAUCCACUGUGGCUACACAAACACCCAGUUCAACAUCUCCGCCCGGAAACAAUGCAUUUUCUUAUUACGACAGUGAUGCUGUCAAUGCAUACCUGAAUGAAAGUAUGGAGAAUCAACGAUAUGAGGUUCUUGAAGAGACGAUAGAAAACUUCCUGAAGAAAUGGGGAGCUAGUAUUCCUUAUGAAUCAGGCAUGGUAUGGACGGCCUUUGCAUUAGCUGACUGGGUGGAUCCAGUAUACAUUUUAGAUCUAAGACAUCCUCAAAGGAAGAGAAAGCAAGCCGAAGUCUCUCAUCAAAAGGAGUCUAUCACCAAAGAGGUAAUUGAAGAGAAUCAAAUAGAAGACACCACAGAUUCCUCCUCGUCAGACUCGCCUUCCCCAUCACCAUCAUUGUCACCCACCCCAUCACAUUCAUCAGCUACAUCUGGUGUACAUUCUGAGAGCAGCACACCCGAACUGACUCCUGUUGGAGUGUGGGAACAAGAAUUACAACAACACAGUUUUUCUGAUGUAUUUGAGAAGUUCAUGCUCGUUCUUUUCCACUCGCCUCCUCUUAGCUCGGACGGUCCAUCUGGGCCAUGUGAUUCACAUAUCUCUCAAAGACUAUCGUUAUUUCUUUCGAUUUUCAAGAAGCUGUUGCCUGAAUUGAGCGACUACUUUGACGAAGAAGAUGUGCUAUCCAGCAUUGGCGGUGACGAAUGGCUAUUAUGGUGGGUGAAGUGGAUGGGAGCCAAGGUGUGGAAUAAGUUCGACAGAGGCCGUGCCUGGGAUAUGUACCUCGGCUGGCGACCCACGAACCCCAAAGAGGCCACACAGUUUGAUGUCUCGCAAGCCGAUGUAGGAGUCGACCCCUUCUGGAGCCCUAUUGAGCUAGAAUCGGACUCAAUUCUCGCACCGCACAUCCAGCAUCUCUUCGUGUGUUUUGCCAUUCUGAAGUCGAAGAGCCACACCCUGUUCGAGCUGGAUCAAAGCGAGAUCAGACAGUUUUUGACCCAAGUGUCGAAGAGCAACGACAUGGAAUCGAUCAUCCUCGAGGCUGGUGAGGCCUGGAGAUCGUGGCAAUGGGCCGAAGAGAACGACGAGAGCGACUGA